UGUUAUAUUUAUUGUUCAUUAUUGCAAGCUUUCCUUACUUAAACAUAUGAAAGUUAUUCCAUAUAUGUAUUAUCAUUUUUUAAUUGAAAAAACAUAGCUCAAAUAUAUUUUGAAUAAUUAUAUGAUCGGGUUGGUUAUUCUGUUAUACAACGGUAAGUAUGUGAGUUUUAUAAUUUGUAAAUAUGUAUAUAUUUAUAUGUUAAUUAAUUAUGUGACUAAACUAAAUUUCUAAUCUAUUCCUCUUUUCUAGGGCCACUGACCUUCUUGAAUAACCUUUCUGUACAAAUUUCUAUUUUCUACUCUUCUUUAGGUGGCAUUGGUGAAGGAAUAAACAUACCUGUCUUUAAUAAGUGACGGGUGGUCCUUGUUUUAAAUAGUAAGGUACGUAACUAUUAUUUAAAACCAAAUAUAUGAAAAAUGAUGAUAAAUUGUCUGACAAAAACAUGACAUAUAAAUUAAUAUUUAAACGACACUAGUACUAUCUGACACAGGUUUCGAUAACCAAGGUACCUUAGUUGUUAAUCCAAGUUGAAUUUGGAAAACCUUCACAUUUAAUGAAGUUCUACUUGUUUGGUAUAAUUUUCGUGUCAGUCUACUGAUAAUAUGGAUACUAUGUAGAUAUUGAUUUUUGGAAAAUGAAAGGAUUUAUCAAACAUCUUAAUCUUUACCAUUAAAUUAUAAAUCAUCUUCAAUCAGCUUCAACCUUCUCUUAUAUGUUAUGUUAUAUUACAUAGCUUAUGAAUAAUAAUGGAAAAUGUUAAACUUUCAUUUAAAAACGAAGAACUGAUUUCUCUGGAUAACAUGCUUGAGUUUAGCUGAUAAAAAAUUUCCUAAAUGGCAUCAACAAUCCAGAGUGAACUGAUUUGGUUCUUCAUCAAUCCUCCUAGUCUGGAGCAGUAGGUUAAAAAAAUAUUAUUAUUGGAUAAUCACGUGUCUUGUGAUAAGGUUACUAAACACACGGUAAAUAAGGGUCAACAACUAUGUAAAGAGUUUCAUCGAUGGAGUAAUUCAGUUUCUGGUUUAUUAUAUUUCACAUAUUUCAGGAAAUUUGUAGUUGAAUCUUGUUUUACAAUUAAAAGGUCACCUCCAGAUCUACCGCACGUUAUUUUCCACGAAAACAAUAACAUAUACAAAUAACGAUAACUACAGACAAAAAUUCAUUAACAGCUUGCAAUAAUUCUACUAACUAACUAACGACACAACUAUACCAAUAAUUCCAUUUGACACACCCUAAAGGUAUUUUAGGUUAACUUUCGUAUUCGUGUGUGCAUAAUCUACGAAAUAUUUUAAGUUACUAUAAAAAAAAAAUUUGUUUUUUAGUAAAUGCGUAUUAUAAUUUACUCUAUAUAAAUCUUAGAAAGCAGAUUGCGACGUUGUAGACCUUCAAGUAAACGAGGUGAAUGGACAUUUUUUUAAUAAUUUUGUAAGAAAUACUAACAAUCACCACCGUCACGCGUCAUCACUCUCUCGAAUUAUGAAAAUGAAGAGCAUAGAUAAGAAGAAAACUACCUUUCUUCACAUUGUAACGGUUUAUCAUCAUUGUCUUUUUGGAACGAGAUUCGAUUUUUUAUGUGCCAACUAUACGGCAUUUGAUCAGAAGACAUUUAUUUGCCAUUUUGCGUCAGAGGUCGACUGCAACAAUUCAAAAAAGUUUUGGCACAGGAAUGACGCACUGUACCAAGCAGCAACGACAACUACAAGUAAACCUUUGGUAAUUGCCACCACUUCACCUCCCCCAACUGUAUUAUCAACUGCUGUACCUUCGGGUCCGGGAAUUGGACAAUGGAGAGGAGGUGGACGACCUUAUCGAAGAAGACGUCCAUACUAUGAAUACUACGAAGAUUAUUACGACGAUUUUUAUUACGACGACAGACCGAGAUCUCGAGGGAGAAAAAGACCAAAACCUCGACCUAGACCUUUAUACGAAGAUGAUUACGUAGAUGAAUAUGAAGACGAAUUAUAUGAAAGAAGAGGGGGUGGAGGGCGAAGAAAUGAAAAUAGAAGACCGUAUUCCAGAAGACCUAAUGCCAAUAGAGGACGAAAUAAAGAUAGACCCAGAUAUAAUUAUGAUGAUGAAUAUGAUGAAUAUUAUGAAUUUGAGGAUAACGAAGACAUUAACAGUAGACGUAGAAAACCAACUAAUAAAAAUAAAAAAUCUAGUUCCCGUAAACGACCAGCAGAAAAUGGUAAUGAAGACGGGGAUCCCAAGCAUCAGAAAUCAGAAACACAAACAGUUAUAAAACCAAUCAGCGGUACGAUUUACGAUAGACCUCGUAUAGCACCGAAAAUCAAGCUUCCUGUACCGAAAAAUGAAGCGAAUAAAUACGCUUACAAACCAACAACGACAACAAGAGUAGUUCAUAAAAUUGAAGAUGAUUACGAUAGUUACGAAGACAACAUAAAAUUAAAUAACAAAAUGGAACAAAAGCAAAAACUUCCAGAUAAUAAACCUAGAGGACUAAAUAUAAAGGAUGAUGAGAAAGUAUCGGACGAUUAUUAUUAUUACGAUUAUUAUGAUGAGGAUUCAACAAGCAAGGAAAAAGAUACCGCACAGAAAGAGUCAUAUUUAUCCACUAAAAAAGAAAAUGAAAAACAUAAGAACGAAGAUAACACAACAUCUUCUACUACUACAUCUACAACCACAACUACUACCACACAAACUCCACUUGUAAAUGAUGAAUCUGAAUUAGAAGAGCCCGUAAUAAUAAGAUUAGUCAAAAGACCUUUCGUACCGAAUAGAGGAGGAAACCAAAACGCUGUUAAAAGUAGUCGUCCAGCGGGCUCUCGAGCUAUAACACAAUUUCUAGAAUCAAGUACACAGUUAGAUGUAGUUACGGAUACCGAAUAUGAAAAAGAUUUUAAGCCUAUGAUAACAACGAAAGCACCUGAAAAGAAACAUUAUGUAAUUGAAAAUUAUAUGUACAAAGAUAAUACGGAUGUAAGAACGCACCAACCUGCUAAACCAACGUAUAAAAAUUCUCUUGAUAUUAACGUUGAAGAUUAUGAUGUUACACUUAACGAUGCUCUUAAUCCUACAUUACCAAAUCUUCCAGUUCGUAGUUAUCCAGCAGGAUUUGGAGUUUCUAACGAUUAUUCUUACAAUAAUUACCAAAAAAGUAACAAAUUUUCGCCCGAGCAAACGGCUUCUACUGCAACUACAAACUAUUUACUUAAAACUAGACCUCCAAGAUAUGAAAACAGACAAGUAUCGUUAGAGAAGAUAGUUAGAGAACCACCAGUACAAACGGCAGCAAAUUUUAGAGGCUUUUACAGUGUCGUAGACGACUAUAGACCUAAACAAAGUCAAAAUACUUACAGUUAUUAUACACGAUAUUGAACGAUGCUCAAAAGUCAUGCGGAAAUCAAUUUAAUUUAUAAUUAUUUAUAGUUAGGGAGACUUAUUUUUUAGUGAACAUCGAAAUCAUCCCAUGACUUUUAGGUUGGUUUAGUACAGAGAAUUAUUGAUAAAAGCUGGAAGUGUAUGAAAGUAAUUGCUUAUUUCAUCUUUCAAAUUUGUGAAAUUAGAAAGUCUGUAACAUCUUUGUUUUCAUAGUUUUAUUUUCGAUUGAAUGAAUGCUUUUAUUUUUCGUGUAGUUUAAUCUAUAGUGUGCGCUAGACGAAUGGCACUUUUUCCAAUUCCAAGUGCGCUUUAGAGUGAUAACUAAACACUAUAGAGAGCAAAAUUCAAUUGCUAAUACCAAACUGAAAAAAAGUAUAACUUGAUUAGUUGCAUCAACGAUACUUAUCCUCAAAUAUAUAGAGUCAAAAAGUAUUUUUAAAUAAAAAACCAUAUCUUUAGGUUUCGCCCUUAUUCGAUAAGUUUUCCAAUUUCAUCGGUGUAGAAUUUCAAUAGUUUGGUAGCAAAAUACUUUGAAUAUGAUUUCUCUUUUAUUUCAAUUUUUUCCAUCAAAAUAUUUGGAAAACAACGAAAGAAAUUAUACUCAGACGCUGAGAGUUAGAAAGAAGGAGAACGACCGCUGUAGGAAAUAAUGUCCCAGAAAUAUAGAAAAAAUAAGUGGGACGAGUUGACUCGAUGAAAGCGGGCUGUUGAGAGCCAAUUUGAACUGAUCUAUUAACGUUUAAUAUAAGUGAGAUUAGUUCGCAUAUAAAAAUGAAUCACGAUUUGUACAAAUCUUCAGGGGUAGGCGGGCUAAUGCUUUGGCACGGAGCAAUCGUUCUCCUUCUCUUUAACAAUAAUAAUAAUUUGUUUAUUCUCUUUCUUUGGACAAUAUUAUAUUUACUUAUAUUAAACGUUGAUAGAUCAAUUGAAUUUGGCGCACAACAGCUUUUAUUGAGACAAUUCAUUUAUUUUAUCCAUAUUUCUGGGACACUAUUUCCUACAACGAUAGUUCUCCUUCCGUCUUACCACCAUGGUGGUUGCAUUCAAACAUCUCAACCCUAACCAAGUACAGGCAAUUUUUAGUGAGUUAUGUGUAGGGUCUGACAUUGACCAAGUAUAGGCAAUUUUUGGUGAGUUAUGUGUAGGGUCUGACAUUGAUCAAGUAUAGGCAAUUUUUGAUGAGUUAUGUGUAGGGUCUGACAUUGGUUGCAUUCAGAGGACGUAGCGCUACUGAUGCUUUGUUGUUCUUUGUCAAUUGUUAAUUUCUGGCAUGUGUAAUUUAAUAUAGAUGCUAUUUUAUUUGCUUUUAUUAAACUUAACAAGUGUUAGAUUAUAAAGUGGUAGUAUUUUGUAUAGUUUCUUUUCAUAGAAUUAUGAGGUGUAUCCAUCAAGUACCAACUUUUUUAUAUAUAGAAAUGGAAAUUAUAAUUUAAAUCAAAAUGAUAGAGAAUAAUUGAUGGAGCUCCUAUUCAUUUUGUAUCCUCCUUUUUUCAAUAAUUCUAAACUGUUUGAUGAUUGAUCACCGAUGUCUUGACAGCUUACAUCAAUUUUAUCUGCUUCCAUUGUGAUAGACCGGACACAGCGAGGCAUAUCUUUCAUAACCAAAUUUACACCACGGAAAUUUUAAAUUCACGUCCCGAUUUGUAAUCAAGACUAGUUGGAUAGUCGACUCCACUGAUGCACAAACUUGCUAUUUUACUAGCGAUCCAACUUCAGUCAUAGUUUGUAUUGACGAUUAUGUACAAGUCGAAAAAUGUAGACAAGAAAUCGAAAUUGUUCGAAGAUCAUGCACUGACUAUGACGACUUUGAUCCGACCACCCAUUUAUGCUCUAUCUAGGUGACCAGCGGACCUUCGUAUCGUUCUUCUAAAUGUACUGACUCCGCUUACUAAACUUAUAACAAGCCCAUUCACGGUCCCAUGUCAGUUUAACUUCGAAUUACAAAUCUGAACGUGAAUGCUCAGCUUUACAGCAUCCUCGCCGUAAACGGCACGAAUUUCUCUGUUUGUUUCUGAUGUCUUUUCUAUAGUGAAAAACAAAAGUUUGUGUUAUUUGUUAGGAAAUAUUAAUUAUUUUGAAACUUCUAUUUAACAAAAAUGUAACACCAUAUGCCGCGUAUAAAACGUAAGUUGGCGCAAUCGAAUUAAUGGUUCUUAAAAUAUCAUUAUGAACACCCUGUUUAUUGUGAAAAUGGGAAUAGGAUCAGUUCCGCUCAUUUCAAUACUCACUUGAAUUGGAAAAAUGUUUCCUAUACCCAUUUUGAGUGUGAACAAAAAUUAUUAUUUCUUAUUUUGCAUUAUUUAAUGCCAAUACAUUCUACUGAAUGUCGAAUCAUAUUUGAAUCCAUAGUUAGAAGGGUAUCGUAUCAUUUGCAGUUGAGACUACACUCCACCAACAAACUCUUUAAAAUAUGACUUGACUUUUGUGUUUAUUAUUAUUAUUAUUGUUGGCUGUAAUAGAAUGUAAUCAUACAUGAAAGUGUUCUACAAUGUGAAGAUGUAAUUUAGUUUUUUCUUAUUUAUAAUGGUAUACAGUUUCAAUCUAUUUUCUGAAUCAAACGACUGCUGUCUGAAAAUGUAUUUAAAGUGAAUGUAACUUUAAUAAAAUUCUUCAUUUAACUCGAAUUGUAAAUAAAUUUGAAACAUUUUCAA